AGCUCCAACUGGAGGGUUUACACUAGAUUCCCAACUGGAGGGAUGUGACCCCGGAACAGGACGCCUUCGUAAAACAACACACCAUUAAAAUAAAACACAGAAGAAAGGAAAACUGGACCAGGAGGGAGCUACAGGAGCAGGGGGGAUGAACCGUGAGGAGGCCCCAGGGAAGUCUCCUGAAGAGAUGUACGUCCAGCAAAAGGUGCGGGUCCUGCUCAUGCUGAAGAAGAUGGGAUCAAAUCUGACGCCGAGUGAGGAGGCGUUUCUACGGAAUUACGCAGGUGUGGUCAACGCUCAGAUGAGCCAGCUACCACAGCACAACAUAGACCAGGGUGCGGAGGAUGUGGUGAUGGCUUUUUCACGACAAGAAACCGAAGACCGGCGGCAGUGACCCUGGGGCACUCCCUCAUCGUCUACGGCAACCCAAACUCCACCGACCGACAUAACACUGUUGAGUUUCUGGGGAGCGGAUGGGCACCUGUGAUGGAUGGAAGGAGGGUGGGAAGGAGCACUGGGUGUUGGUUACCUUUCUCUCUCCCCCUCCCUUUCAUCCAGCCUCCUUCCCAUUCAAACGGAUACACCAUUGCCCCAGCCACAGUAGGUAUGCAUUACCAUGGGUUAGGGCCUUGGUGUCGAGCAAGUCGAUGAAAACACUUACAAAUUGUGUGAAUGCAAACCUUGUCUUUUUGUGUCUCUUUAUUAUUUUUUUUUUAAAGGGCAGUAUUGUUUCGUAUCUGCUCUACUCAAUGGUAGAACUGACCAAGGACAUAAUUUUUCCGUCAAAUGAAAGAGAAGCGUGAGUGUUUUAACUAAUGACCUUGCGGGAAGAUAAUUCAUUACUUUCUUUUGUUGAUUUUUUUUUAACUGUACACAGGGUCCCUGUAGGUGGAAAGGUUAAAAACGUGUUUAAUGGUUUUCAUAUUCUUUCAAACCAAUUGUACUUCUUCCUGCUUAUUGUUGAUUUGAACAAUAGGCUGUUGAGAUGUCAACUUGGCUUCCCAUUCGGGACAUUAGAAUCAAUGACACUAGCACAAACACACACAGUAUACAUAGGUGCAGAUGGCCUUUCCCCAAGCAAACAAGGUCUUGGGGUUAUUGUGAAAUUAUAUAACCUUUUUUAUUGUACAGAUAUUAGAGGGAAAAAAAUACAAUAAUAAUGAAUUGAUUGUGCCAAUUAUUAUUUUAUUUUUUUUAUCUGUAAAAUAAAUGUGACAUUAUGAUUUUUAAAAGUUGACUGACGAGGGACAUAGCAUAGUUCUAAUUUAUUAUUGAUAGAAUUGACUCUCUCCCAAACUAUUGUUUAGAAAAAAAAUCAUCAUUAGAAGAAAGUCUACACGGAUCGAAACGCCUAAUCUUAUCAAAAGUAUCCAAGAGCAUAAUCUUGUCACUCUUUAGAUUGGACAAAGGUUACUCUUGACUCACACUAAUGUAAUUAUAUCAACUUGAACCACAUCCAUGGAGCUACUAGAAACAUGGUGAAUACUCGCAAAAGGAACUACAGUGUUUUUACUGCCUCAUACCCUUCAGCAAUUGACACGCUGUAAACAAAACUCAUCCGUUUUCUGUGUUCGUUGAUUGCAACUGGAAUCUUUCAAUUCAAUUGAAUAUUUGUAGGUUUUUUUCAAUCCGACUCAGUUUUUUUUGUAGUAACAUACUCUAUAUUUAAUGUGUGUAAGUACUUUUUGUUAACUCGCUUAACUUAAACAAUUGUGACUUGAUGUUUUGAAACCAAGCAUGCCUGCCUUGUGGUUAACAGUGUACAUUUUAAGUAGAUCUGGGAGGGUCUUGAAAGCCGUGCCACAAUGACCAUUGCUUGUACAUUCUCAAAGUUUAUGGACGCUACUAGCUCUUUAAAAAACAUUUUAGAAAAAUAGUCAGCUAUUUAAAAAAAAAAAAAAAAAAAAAAAG